UUGAUGCGCUGAUUGCGAUGCGCAAGGCGUGGGGCAGCCCCGCAGCCCUGCAGACGUGGCAGGGGGAGGACCCGUGCCUGGGGCAGUGGAGGGGCGUCACCUGCACCGAUCGCACUGGAGACAGCUCCGAGAAGCUCUAUAUCAAAGCGCUGGAACUUUCCGGCAUGCGCCUGUCAGGGCCCCUCUCGACCAAGCUGGGAAAGCUCCUGAAGAUUGAGAAGAUCGAUUUGUCAAACAACCGCUUCUUUGGCACGAUUCCCCGGACCAUUGAGAACCUGCGAGGCCUGCAGCACCUGGAUCUCUCGUUUAAUUUGAUAACCGGCAAUAUUCCUACUCGAAUCAAGUUCUGCCAGCAGCUCACAUUCCUCGACCUGUCAGCCAACGAUCUGAACGGCACCAUCCCCGGCACUCUCGCACGCCUCACCAACCUCCAGUCGAUCAUCCUGGGCACCAACGCGAACCUUAAUAGCACAAUUCCACCGUCCCUCACCGCUCUCACCACCCUGCAAGACCUCACGAUGAGCGAGUGCAAUCUCAACGGGCAGAUCCCAGAAGACAUUGGGAACCUCGUGGGACUCACCAAGCUAUCGCUGGAGGAGAACAGCUUGGAGGGGUCGAUUCCCGACUCCAUCACGCAGCUCACCAACCUGCAGCACCUGUCGCUGAGUUUCAACCAUCUCAACGACACGGUGCCGCAAGGGAUUGGAGCAUGCUCCGCCCUGACCACUCUCAUGCUGGAUCACAACAACCUCACGGGCAAGGUGCCGUCUGCGAUAGCCUCGCUGCCCAAGCUCACGUACCUGCGCAUGCAGUACAACCAGCUCUAUGGCGCCCUGGGACUCGAGUUCAAGGAGCACCUCAAUGCCUUCAAGAACAACCCGCAGCUUUGCGUCAUGUUCACAAACGACGGGCGGUGCCGCCCAGUGCCAAUGGACCCGCCGCCCCUGCCGCCCGUGAACAGUAUCGUGCGCAAGCCGUGUGCAGUGGGGCAGGUGCAGCUGUGCCACUGCGACAACGGAUGGCCAGGGGAGAGCGUGUGCAUGCCUGGAGAGGGAUACGCCCCGUGCCAGUGCCGUGAACAGCACUUUGACGCGCAGGGAGACGACGACCUGUCGCCCGCGUGGAUCGUGGCUCUCUCGCUGCUGGCAGCCAUCAUGUUCACAACGCUUAUAAUUUCCUGCAUCUGGUGCAUCCGCAACCGCGCCCACAACAAGCGCACCGGCCAGACGGGCUGGGGCUUUAGUGCGUCCAGCAAGUCCAGCACCUGUCAUCUCCUGCAUCUGGUGCAUCCGCAACCGCGCCCACAACAAGUGCACCGGACAGACGGGCUGGGGCUUCAGUGCGUCCAGCAAGUCCAGGUGGGUGGAGUGCGGUUGGGAGUGGUGGGGAUUGCUAGGGCCUACCAGCACCUAUCCGUCCCUGCAAAUACUGUCACCACCUUCUCCCAGGAGCAGGACCCUGACGAUGCCCAUGAGGCCUAUCAGCAUCUCUCAGUCCCGCCAGCCACGGCCACCUUCUCCCAGGCGCUGGACUCCAGCGAUGCACAUGAAUCACAUCGUUCCCCCUUUCCUUUCCCCGUUCCUGUCCCCAUUUCCUCGCUCUCCACCCAACCCCACCGCACUCCACCCCUCAGAGCCUACCAGCACCUGUCCGUCCCUGCAAGUACUGCCACCACCUUCUCUCAAGCGCUGGACCCCGACGAUGCCUACAACGUUGCAUCAGGGGUGCACCUCGCUUCCUCUGCUUCUGCUGCUACUGUUGCUGCUGCCUUUAGCCUUACUGCCACCACCCCUCUCUAUCCCUGCUCCCCCCAUUCUUCUCCCCUUCCCUGCCCUCUGCAGAGCCUACCAGCAUCUCUCAGUCCCGCCAGCCGCGGCCACCUUCUCCCAGCCUACCAGCAUCUCUCAGUCCCGCCAGCCGCGGCCACCUUCUCCCAGGCGCUGGACCCUGACGAUGCCUACAACGUUGCAUCAGGGGUGCACCCGGCUUCCUCUGCCUCCGCUGCUGCAGGCUCCUCUGGCCUUGCUGCCGCCACCUCCCCCUCGCCCUCUGCUGCUAUGGCCUUCGCCAUGAAAUUUGGUCGUUCCAUGAGUGAGUGUGCCUUUCCUCUCCUCUCCCUCUCUCACUUCCUUUCCCUCUAUCUCUCUUGCUUUCCCUCUCCACCUUUCCUUCUUUUCCUCCUCCCUGCCGCCUCCUCCCCCUCGCCCUCUGCUGUCAUGGCAUUUGCCUUGAAGUUCGACCGCUCUAAUAACGAGUUCCCUUUCUGUUUUCACCUCCACCUCGUGAGCAAGCAAUCCCUUCUUCUGUCUCUUCUCUCCAUCCCCCCCCGGCUGCACCGAGCUCUCGCUCAGGCCAAGUCGUGUUUUGAGUCGACUCAAAACACAAUCCCUUCUGUCUCUUCUCUCCAUCCCCCCCCGGCUGUGGGCAGUCACCGAGCUCUCGCUCAGGCCAAGUCGUGUUUUGAGUCGACUCAAAACACAAUCCCUUCUGUCUCUUCUCUCCAUUCGCCCCCGGCUGUGGGCAGGCACCGAGCUCUCGCUCAGGCCAAGCUCACCACGGGCAACUCGUCACAAGCCCCUCUGAAGCUCACUAACGUGCACGGCCGCUCUGCCUCUGUCCCUUGUGUACCCUCUCACUCACCCUCCUUUCAUGCUCCCCCAGCUGUGGGCGCCUCGCUCUCUCUCAAGCCCUUCUCACUGGAGGAGCUGCAGCUCGCCACUGCAUGGCUCCUCUCUGAAACUCACAAACGCACACGCCCUGCCCUCUGUCCCUUGUUUAUGUGCUCCCCUCCAGCUGUGGGCGCCUCGCUCUCUCUCAAGCCAUUCUCAUUGGAGGAGCUGCAGCUCGCCACAGGCAACUUCGCCCCGGAGAACCUUUUCGCCCAGAGGGAGCACAGCCUGCUCACAUACAGGCACUCGACUCAAACACGACACAUUGCAUGCAUCGUGCUCAAUACAUCCUGGGGCAUCCUGCCGGAUCGCAGCUUCAUAGCAGUGGCUCAGGUGGACGUGCUCUCCUCAGAGCCCCCGAGAGCCCCGAGUGACAUGCCAUGCCGUCCCCUGUCCCACCAACUCCCUCUACCCCUGUCUUGUCCCGUGCCCCAUACCCCAUUCCCACAGGGGCAUGCUACCAGACCGCAGCUUCAUAGCGGUGGCUCAGGCAUGCUGCCAGACCGCAGCUUCAUAGCGGUGGCUCAGGUGGACGUGCUCUCCUCAGAGCCCCGAGAGACCUUUGCUGCCGCACUCGACGUGUUUGCGCGCAUGCAGGCGGGAGGGGCUGCAGGGGGCGAGGGGGGAGGGGGAAGUGGGGAUGGGAGCAUGCUGCUCAAGGUGUUGGGGUUCUGUGCGGAUUACCUGAGAGGCAGCCGCAUGAUUGUGUACUCCCUCCCGCCCGGUGCUGCCACGCUCGAGACGUACCUCCACGACUCGCUGGACCGGGUGCUUCCGUGGAACAUGCGUGUGUCGAUUGCAAGGGAUGUGGCAGAGGGGCUGCGCUUCCUGCACUCCCUCAACCCGCAGAUGACCCACCAGGACCUCACGUCCAACUCAGUGGUGGUAGCACAGGAUUCAACAGCCUAUCUCUCCGACUACUGCCUUCACUCUCUCGAGCUCCUCGCCUCCAAGCCCUCUGCGAUGCCCGCUUCCUCCGUGGCGUUGGCAGCAGGAGCAGUGGCCCCCGAGCUGGCAUGGGUGCAUGAGAGCACGGCGCGCACUGACAUGUACGCCAUGGGCGUGCUGCUGCUCGAGCUCGUCACCGGGAGGAGGCCGCUUGACCCCUCCCUUCCACCUACCGAGCAAUCUCUCGUGCGCUGGGCGAAGCCGAAGCUGAUGGACCGGGCUAAGGUGGAGGCCAUGGUGGAUCCGAAGCUGCAGGGGAGCUUCGCCCUGCCAGCCCUGGUGGAGAUGGUCAAGCUCGCCGGACGCUGCCUGCUGCCCGACCCCGAGGUUCGGCCCACUGCCGCGGCGGUGGUGGAGGUGCUCGAUGCACUCGUGGUGCCGGGCGCUGGGGAGGAGUUUGGCAACGGUGGUGGCAGUGGGCUCGCCUCGCGCUGCCUGCUACCGGACCCCGAGGUUUGGCCCACUGCCGCAGCAGUGGUGGAGGUGCUCGAUGCACUCGUGGUGCCGGGCGCUGGGGAGGAGUUUGGCAACGGUGGCGGCAGCGCGGCGGCAGCGUCGUCAUCUAACGACAUCCGGGCACCUGAAAACUUUGCGCCGCCCGAGCCUAAGCCAUUUUCCGUGGCAAGCGGGCAGCUGGGAGCCGUAAUUGGCGCAUCGUUGCCGAUCCUUUUCCGCCUUGGCACGGGCGUGUUCAGUGAGGGGUACAAGGCCAAGGUGGAGUCCUCGUCUGCAGUGAAGGACGAGGAUUAUGCACUGGGGCCAGUCAUGGGGUACAAACUGGUGGAAACCACCACGGGCGAGCUCAAGCCAGCGAUCCAGCCCAUCGAGAUCUACGAGUUUGAAGGCUGUCCGUUCUGCCGCAAGGUCCGUGAGAUGGUAUCAGUGCUGGACCUUGACGUGCUCUUCUACCCGUGCCCCGUCAAUGGCCCUACGUACCGACCCAAGGCCAUAGAGAUGGGCGGCAAGAGGCAGUUCCCCUACAUGGUGGACCCCAACACGGGAGUGAGCAUGUACGAGUCAGAUGAAAUCAUCAAGUACCUUGCCAGAACUUACGGCAAUGGUUCCAUCCCUCUCAUGCUUCAACUCGGCCCCAUCACCUCCAUCACUGCAGGCCUAGCAGGCAUCGGCCGUGCGAUGAAGGGAAGCCGCUAUGUGCCAGCAAAGAUGCCACCCCAGCCACUGGAAGUGUGGGCGUAUGAGCCCUCUCCCUUCUGCAAGCUGGUGCGUGAAGCUCUGUGCGAGUUGGAACUGCCUCACGUCUACCACGCCACACCGAGAGGCAGUCCCAAGAGGGAGGAUCUGAAGAAGAGAAUCGGGCGCUUCCAGGCCCCCUAUCUUGAAGACCCUAACACAGGAGUGAAGAUGCUAUGCACAGCCCAUCUGCAGAACCGCCCGUGGCAAGCAGUGCACGCGUUUUAUACCAGCCUGGCAGCAGGACACGUGGCGCUCUCUGAUUUGUCCAAAACGAUGCUUGAUAAUCAUGAGAAGAUAGCAGCUGAUAAGCAGAGUGCAGCAGAUAAACAAAGCGUGCCUAAUGAUUUCACUUCUGCUUCAACUGAAACUGCUUCAACUGAGACUACAGUUGCAGCUGCUACUGGUGCUGGUGGUGGGAAGAAGUCUUCUCAAGGAGACAGGGACGGAGCAUGGGAGGGGCGCAGCACGGUGCAGCUGGUGGUGGCAUACGAUGGGGGGGCGUUCCAUGGAUACCAGAGCCAGCAGGGAGCAGUCACGGUGCAGAGGCAGCUCGGGGGAGCAGGGGAGGGGCGCAGCACCGUGCGGCUGGUGGUGGCAUACGAUGGGGGGGCAUUCACAGCUACCAGAACCAGCAAGGAGUUGUCACAGUGUUGUGGUAAGUGUGGCACUGUGCGGUCGUGUGUGGUGGGAUACCAUGGGGAUGUGUUAAGAAGGCAGCUGGGGGAAGCAAGGGGUGGGGGUGGGAAUGGGAGGAUAGCAGCACGGUGCAGUUGUGGCACGCUAGAGUCCGCCCUAGCCCCUUUCU